AUGACUCACGCAAUGCCGCCGUUGAAGGUAUGCCCUAACGGAGUGCUGCGGGACGAAGUGUGCUUGAUGUUUGCCCCACCUGACUGCACUACGUGUCCAGGAGGCUUUACAGAGUAUACUGUCGAUGGCAUCAAGGAGUGCGUUGCGACGAGAGUGGCUCGCAUGAAAAUGGCUUGCUGGGGACCCCAUGAGAGGCUGGAAGGAGAUGUCUGUAUCGAGCGUACGGUCCGGCCACUCAUCAUGGAAUGCAUGAAAGGAAACCUUAACCUCGAAAAUAAAUGUGAAUUUAUCGAUGCAAAGCCACCGAGGGCCGUCUGCAGCCCUGGAUUCUUCGAGUCAGACGGAUUAUGUAUACAACGUAGAGAAGCACCAUGUGACGACUCACUUGAUGACUCCUCGCUGCCCUGGACUGAAAAAUCAAAAUCAAUGAAAUCUAGCACCGAAUUUAGUGGGAAUGUCUAUCAAAAGGAAAGCGACCUUCCAAACUUCACCGCAAAAGAGGUGAGCAAUUAUUCCACGAUUUUUCCACACUGGGAGCUGCCUGGUCAAUCAUUCGACGAAUUCACCGCUUCUGAAGCACACAACCAAUAUCCAUUUGGAAGAGUGACUGCCACGACGGAUAUGCUUUCUACCACUGGGCUGGAGCAAGUAUCGAAUUAUGGAAUGGAAGAAUGGGACUUCUCUACGAAUUAUGACGAGCUUACGGAACACGAACACGGCCAGCGUUGGGACACUGCGAACAGAAUCUCGGGAUUUUCACGUGCCGUCGCCUCAUCAGAGUUUCUCUCCAAUGAAGUGGUUGGGCGCAGACUUGAGGCCGCCAAAUUACCAUCUGACCAGUCCAUGCGAGCAGUGCAAGGUAGUGAACUCCAAAAUUCAGGGCACCGUCCACCGCUUUUGAGCGCAAGUGCAUAUUUUUCCAGAGAAAAUCCAAGAGCAGUGUGGCCACGAACAGAAGCAUCAACAGCACGCUCUUCUUCAGGACCGCUAUAUGUUAAUAUGAUGUGGAAUUCCCCCGUCCGUCCAGCCUCUUCGCUGUUUCAGAAAAACAAUCUUUUGGUCCCUGAUACGACGCCGGGAAUACCCACAACCCGUCCGCACCACGUUCCGGUUUACCGGCUCUGGCACGACCAACGAUUUUACCAUGAAGCCGCUGGGAAGCAAGGCCCAUUUGCACGCCAGCAGCUACAUUCAGCAAACUUGUUUGAAGAGGGCUUUGAAACGCACUUGCAGUCCCACGUACGCAGGGAGGCGCCACAAAAAAUGGUAACGCACGUGCGCUGGAGCGCUAAUGAUCCUGCGGGAGCGGAUGGAGCCAGCAGUAAGGGGAAGAGUAGCUUUCACUCGCAAGCCAGCGCAGACAUUCUUUCGUCCUCGAACAGUGUGUUUCAAGGUGAGAACGAACAAACUGUCGACAAAGAAAGCGGCACUGCAAAUGUAAACGCUCACCAACAUCACUUGGUGCUCAAUGGUCGCCAAUUCUUUAGAAAUGGUCCUGCACAGAAGAAACGAAGCGACGCGAAGGAACAUUGCACUAAUGAACAGUGCAGAGGAAGUCGCGGGCAGCUAAGUAGGCGCAGCUCUAAGGACAGCUCUUCACAGCGGUCUUUCCAGGAUAAAACAGACGGAGAUGUGCAGUAUUUGCAUAGAAGGCGCCUUGAAGCGCUAGACUACAUACCAGGCUGCUACGAAGAAGUAAUAAAGGCACCUAUUGACUGGGCUUGCGAGCCGAGCUUUUCUCUGGACCCCGAACAGCUUUUGUGCAUCCGGAUCGAGCUUACCAGUCCCAACAUCUUAUGCGAUGGAAUAGUAGAGGGAACCUCGUGUGUUCACGUGUCUCCACAGGUUCAAAAACCUCCUCAGUGGUAUUGCCCUCUCGACCCUCCCCCUAGUAGCAAAGAAAAAGAGAACAACAAAAAGCAACUACCAGAGAAAUCAAAAAAGCAAGACGAAAAGCAGCCUGACUCAGGUAAAAAACCAAAGGAAUCGAACAAAGCAGAGAAAGCAAAGCGAGCCACCAAAGAACCAGGGGGAACCAGAAACCCGAAGAAGCCUGAGGCAUUGGCUGAAAAACGCAAAGACGGCGGCGAGAGCAGCGAAAAAGACAGAAAUGGCAGAGAUGGUGAGGCAGAGAAUAAAAGAGCUGAGAGCCGUCUAAAGGCAAACGAAUCAAGUGCCUCGGACAAUAAACCAGAGACUGCCAACAAUGACACAAGGAAACGGGACAGUAGAAGCCAGCGGCAGCCCCCGGAGGGCAGCGAAUCCUCGGACACGAAGCCUGAUCCUAAAAAGGAAUCCAUCAAGGAAAGGCAGCAGGGUACUACUUCCUCAGGAAGUCAGCCAUCCUCUAAUACGGGGCAAAACCGACGCAGACAACGCCGCCCAAACGCCGCAAACAAUGAAACCGGAGUAAAUGAAGAAAAAAGACGAAGCGCUGACGAUGAGCAGGGAGACAGGACAAGCACUCAACCUACGGAGAGAAACGAGAAUAGCCAUCAGGAAGGAUCCGGAUUGUGCAACCGGACAAAUUCUCGCACGGGUAAUUCCGUAGACACUGACGACGAUGCACAUUCCGCAUCGUCUGGUGCCCAAAAAAGUAGAAACGAGUCUCAGACAUCGAGUGCAGAAAGGCAAGAAAGCACCAAGCACACAACUCCAAGAAGGCGACGAAGAGACUCGACGGAAGACCAGCAAAAAGAAGACACACACAGCGCGAAGAAGGAAGACAAACAACAAAAAGAGGAACAAGGUAGAGAUGAUUCGGCGGACGAAUCAGAAAGCGAACAAGAGAGGCGACAGGAGCGCCGGAGCCGAGCGGCUGAAGCGGCACGCUCAACAGACGGACAAGGUCCAGAGAGAGAAGAAGGUUCGAGCAGUGCUCCUGCUGCUGAUCGCCAGCGGCGUCAGCAAGGCCGAGGGCAGCGGCCAACUCCAAGAGGAGAAAGUGGUGAAGAGGAUGAGCGGAACGGCGACUUGACGCGUCAUGUUCCAACUCGAGAGGACUCCACAACGCAAGGUCGUACAAGGCGGCAACCGCCGCAGGCGCAGCAAACGCGAGACGGGUCACGCGCAAACGAGGGCGGGGCAGGGGAGGAAAAGGAAGAAGCCACAAGGCGCUCAGAGGACGGAGCAGACAGCGAACAAGAGAGGCGACAGGAGCGCCGGAGCCGAGCGGCUGAAGCGGCACGCUCAACAGACGGACAAGGUCCAGAGAGAGAAGAAGGUUCGAGCAGUGCUCCUGCUGCUGAUCGCCAGCGGCGUCCGCAAGGCCGAGGGCAGCGGCCAACUCCAAGAGGAGAAAGUGGUGAAGAGGAUGAGCGGAACGGCGACUUGACGCGUCAUGUUCCAACUCGAGAGGACUCCACAACGCAAGGUCGUACAAGGCGGCAACCGCCGCAGGCGCAGCAAACGCGAGACGGGUCACGCGCAAACGAGGGCGGGGCAGGGGAGGAAAAGGAAGAAGCCACAAGGCGCUCAGAGGACGGAGCAGGCAGAGAACAAGAGAGGCGACAGGAGCGCCGGAGCCGAGCGGCAAAGCGGCACGCUCAACAGACGGACAAGGUCCAGAGAGAGAAGAAGGUUAGAUCAGUGCUCCUGCUGCUGAUCGCCAGCGGCGUCCGCAAGGCCGAGGGCAGCGGCCAACUCCAAGAGGAGAAAGUGGACUCCACCACGCAAAGUCGUACAAGGCGGCCACCGCUGGAGGCUCAGAAAACAGGAGACACCGCACGUGGCGUCGAGGGUGCUGGAGAGCUGCAAAGUCAACAUGCCACGAGCAAUGCGGUUGACGUCGUAACGAUGACAGAAGGCAUGAGGAGUCGAAGACUUGAUUUGCUCCUGAGGAGAAGAACAAAGAAUUCUGCUUUGGCCUCUGAUGUUUCGAAAAUAGAAACCGGACAGGGUAAUAGCGAUGAUGAAGCAGAACGUAGCCAGGUGUCUCCAGAGCUUAGCAUGAGUGAAAGUAAGCAGAAUGCAUACUCGAUCUUAUUCCAUGCGGGAUAUUCAUCAAAUGAGCCACUGAGCUACUCAGCUGGAAGAAUUAAUGAGACUGGAGAGAGAGGCACGAGCUUCAAGCCAGCCCAAAUGACUGCUGCACCCAUGCCGGACUCUGGUCAUGUCAGGGCGGUGUCACCGCAGCAUUCCCCUGUGACGGGCGCCCAGGGCAAGUUAACUACAGCGGAAAAUGUUGAUGGCUCUCUGGAACUGAAGCUGCUCCACCAGACUGCUGAACGUUUGAAUGCACCGUUGCCCUCACUUGAAUCCGAAGGUAAUUCGCACUGGUUGACAAAAAACUCAGCAGAAGAUACGCCCAUCAAAGAAUUGGUACGGCGAACCGCAUAUCACAAUUUGAAGCCCAUUGCAUCAGGAGAUGUAAAUCCUGAAGUUUUGCAUGGACCAGCGGAGCCUGUUGUUGAAGGCAGCAGAGGAGGCCACUUUCCUCGGCGACUAGGUUUUACAAAGCUACCUUACGCAUAUUUUAUCAUGGGCGUCAACCAAUGGAGGUACAUUCAUGACCCUGUUCAUCAGCUGAAAAUGGAGGCGGCCGCACAACACGCAGCAGAGAAGGCAGCCUUGAAGAAAGGUGUCCAGAUCCAGGAAAUCAGCCCCUUGGAUCCAACUACAGGACUACUGGGUCUUCCAACUCAAGCGGGGCCGCAGGUCUACACACAUGAUUUAAAGGAGAAAAAGAAACCACUCAUAUCUCCUCUCAAAAUCCGAGAACCUGACAUGUGCUACCGGCAAGAAAAACGGAAGCCUCUUGUGCAAUGCCCCGUAGGAUUUACUGAAAACAAAGAAGGUGGCUGCUACAUGUUUGUAGCUCCUACGUUCACUUGUCUCGCAGGAUACUUUUAUGAGAACGGACAAUGCAUACAGCAUAGAGAACUCGACAUCGCAGUCCCUCCAAGUGAAAAGAAGCCGAGUGGAAAGGCCAAGAGGGGCUGA